GGUUAAAAAUCGGUCCUGAAGUCCACACGAGGAUGGUCGUGCGUAGAUGAUAACCCUAGAUUUACGACGGAUCUCGCGAGAAUGGUCAUUCUACCCCAAACCAAGGUCUUUCCCUAACCCUUACCAAGUGGUUUUUGUGCCUGAACCUAACCAGACCUUACCCUAAGUGUUGUCACUUUAUAAAACAUCUCUGCCUUUUUUUCAGUGACAAAUAACGCGCACAACGAAGAAACAACGCGUACGAAUCUCGCGAGACUCUUGCAAAUCUAGGGUUACCGUCUAGACACGGCCAGGGGGUGGACACGACCCACAGCACGAGGAUGCGCGCGCGUCUUGGCAACGGAAGUCGAGUUUUGUUACUGCCGAUGAUAACUUCCUCAACCGAAGCUAAAACACAAAACCAUAACUGUUUUAAAGUAAAAAUGUCCGCCUGCUGCGUGUCUGGUUGUAAAAAUCGACAUUCCUCAUCCAGCAAACUCAAAUUUUACAGAAUACCAUCCGGAUCCAGGCCGUUUCAGGCCAACCGGCGGCGUUUAUGGCUAAAAGUUAUCAAACAAGCGAACGGCAGCACCGAGGAACUCAAUGGAAACGCUCGUAUCUGUGGCGCUCAUUUCAUAUCAGGAGAAGCGUCCAUGGACCACGACAGUCCUGACUUUGUGCCUUCUGUGUUUACAUGCACCAAACCUAAACAGAGCCCGAGCCCCAAGAAAAAAGCGAGAAGGAGAGACAUGUUUUACAGCCGCAGAAAAAGGCGCCAUCGAAGCCAAACAGCCAAUGUGGAAACAGAAGAAACUCCACCUGGUGCUGAUUCUCAUAUGGACCUUGAGUCCUCUGUUUUAAUGGAAACUACAGGAAGUGAACUUUCAGAGGAAAUACAGACACCAUCAACCCCAACAGUGUCAAAGAAGAGAGAAACAUUGAUUACAGAAGCCAAGACUCCACAAACAACACCCAGCCCAAACAAGACAUUACCUUCACUUAAAUUACCAGCAGGCAUCCCAAAACUAAGCAAAAUGAGCCCUGUUGUGCUGCUAAAACCUCUAAUUUCACUGUCAAGUGGGUAUCAGUGUGAGCAGUGCGAUCAAAACUUCACCAAUGUCUCACAGUUUAUAAAACACAAAGAACAGCAUGAAGAAGAACAGUCCGCUCCCUGUGAAAUUUGUGGAAAGCGCUUCGCCAGUCAGGCUCUUUUCACUGAGCACCAAUGUAUCCACACGGAUGAGCCUUCCUUUCCGUGCAACAUGUGUGAUCGAUCGUUCACUUCAAGCCAUAACCUCAAGCGUCAUAAGCUGCUUCAUGUCAGAGAUGGCAGGAAGUGCAGCAAGUGCGGCGUCCUGUUCUGUCGACGUCACAACCACGUUUUAUUCCUGCCACAGACGGAGUCUAUAACUGAAUCGGAGCAAGAUUCUUCCAUCAUUGAGUCACAAAAUUUGAUGCCAGAAAACGAUCUGCCGGAGGAGCUUGAGCCAAACCAGACAGCUGAUCUGGCUGAUGACGCUAAGAGCUCCCUGACUAUUAUACCUCAGCUGUCAGCUACUGACCAGACUGUUUUGCCCACAACCACAACCCCUGAGCCUUUACCCAAGAGCCGUAAAGCCUCACUGCUAGCCUCACACGCAAGAAUCUUAACAGAAAUCCCUUUACCCAAGUUGAUAAAACCCUUACACUCCUCUGUGCCACCAGAACCCCAACAGUCAAGUAACCCAAGUACCUCCUUUCAGUUUAAGCCACCACAACCACCCAACUACCCUGCAGACUUCAUUCAGCCGCAUCUCCCCCUACAUCCACAACUCCCAUCCUCGCUACAGAUCUUUUCACCGCAGUGCCUCACCUCAGCAUUACUUGAGGUUAAAAGAAAUUAUAAAUAUAUUCUCAGCAAAGAAGUGAAUGUCAAGGAGAAGAAAAGGAAGAAGCAGGAGAAGGAUCAUGUGAAGGAGAAACCGUGCGAGACGCCACUGAUUCCUCCAGUUGAACAAAGCAGUGAGCAAGAAAAGAAGGAAAGAACAGCUUAUGACCUUGAGAUUGUGCUCUGACGGAAACAGUGGAGGAAGAUUUUUACACUUUUAAAAAACAGAGGCUGUACUUUGUGUUACUGGGAUUUAGCCUCUGAAUGGCUUGUUUGUCUCAGCCGUGAUGUUUCACAUUCCACCACUACUUGUACCAAGACUUGAGCUUUCUAUCAUUAAGCUAUUAAGCCGUUCUGUCAGACUCAAUGGUGUGUUUGGACGACACAAGAUAAACAUGAGUUUCUUUGGAGUUCAACUGUUAUUAUAUGCUGCACUUUUGCGUCCAGCAUGAAGUGGUUCCGUUUUUUUAGUGUUCCUAUGAUAUUACUGUUAAUGUAUUGGUUGCAUGUUUUUUUUCCAUACUUUUUUUUGUUUUUGCAUGUAGACCUAACCUGGUUCAGCACACUGAUAUAUUUUAAACAUGCUGCAUUAAUUAAUGUGAGUGACUGAACUCUAAUGCUGCUAUUUUUAUUUACUGAUGAUUCUGUAGUUGAGAUGCUGCCACUUGUUACACUGAUGAGGUGAAAUUUAUUUGCCCACUGUGCCCACCAUUGGUAAAUAAUACUGUUCUGUAUGUAGGAUCCGUUUCUGACCCGGAUUGCAAAACUGUGCACCAGGUGGCAUUUUGACUGCAGGCUAUAUUCUGUGCUUGGCAAUUUGUGGAGUAAUCAGUUUUGGCUGUGAGCAAAUCCGCAGUGCUAUGACUUGCAAGAAUAUGACUAUCAUUAUCUAGCAUUAUAUCUGAAAAGAAUUGUCACUGAAUUUAGUUUUCCCCGACUACCUCAGCUACCCAGAGCCAUACAAACAAACGUUUGUUGUUUUUAUAUUAUAGAAAUAUAUUUGCAUACGAUGUAUAGUUUUGUUCUCUCACUUUGUAAGCAAAUACAGCAAUUCCGGUAUUUGGGAUACACAAGUGUUGCAUUUUUCCGUUUGCUUGUGUGGACUAAAAUCUGGAAGUGGCAGAAAGCUGGGUGGCAUACUGAGAAAAGAAACUACCUUUCAUUUCCUUACCAGCAAGCACAUAACCUGCUAAACAGUAACUGAGCAAGACACUAGUUCCCCACCUGCUGCAGGGCAGCUGUUUUGUAGCUAACACUGACCCCCAAGUCCAACAUAUUGCAUUAUAAUACCAUUACUGUGUGCAUCUUUUGAAUGUAACAUACUCACUGACUCUGAAGUCAGAUGUUUAAAACGGUUUGUUAACGUAAUCUUGUAUUUGUGUAGUUUUUAAAUCUACUUUAUAUCAUUCAGUCAGUCAGUCAGUCAGUGAAUGACACUUUUAUAACAUUAACUGUUUCCAAAAUGUUUUCUUUGCCUCAUGCCACGCUCACUGUGAUAGCAUUUGGGUAUUGCAACAGUCAUCAAAACACUCCAUUUGAAAUAGAUGAAAUUGCAAAUGAUAUUUUGGUGGCUGUGCUUCAUUUGCUAAAUAGAUUCACUAAAGUAGACGCACUGGAGUUGAGAAAAUCUGAAAUGGACGUAUUACUAGAUGAUUGCAUUUGUAGAUGAGACUCCAAACUACAUUGCGACCAUAUCAGGCUGAUUCUCACUUAGACACAGAAAGAAGAGAUGAAAGAAAUUAACGUUGCAAUAUGUCUAAACUGAAAUAUAGUCUGUACGUAACGAUGUAUGCAGAAAUAAAAUGAGCGUACUAUAUUUGCUGCAGUUUUCUUGAGUUAUAGAGCUCUGGGGAGGGGGGGGGGGGGACAGUUUUGUGGACAAACUGUCCAUGGCCUGAUGGUGGCACUGGAGGGAUUGUUAAAUUGACCCAAAAAUGUCUCUCUGCUUUUCUUGGAUUGGACUCUUGUCACUGUGUCAUAUUGCAUUGUAAUGGCCAGUUUGUUCUGUGAGCUGCAGUACAAUUCCAUAGCAGAAAAAAGCCCAGAGUAUAAUAACAAGAUGCCUUCUUUCACUGGGUCUUUUUGUCACUGUGUUUAGUUGUGGUUCUCAAAGGAUACUUUUCAACUACUGCUCGGUUUUGAAGUAAAACAAAAUAAGGCAGCUGCUCAAAAUUACAACCUAUAAACCAGUCUACAUAGUAACAUGUUUAUCAGAGUCAGAUUUAUUGCCAAGUAAGUUUGCACAUACAAGGACUUUGUCUUAGUGUUGUGCAUGAUAAUCAAAGAAUAGAAGGUAAGAUAAAAGGAUCUAUAUAUAUAUAGUAAGAAAAAUACCACAAAAAACAGGUGGUAAAACAUAUAGAUAAAAUUUACAAUAAAGAAUAAGUAAAAAUCUAUGUUUAUUUGAAUGUACAAGUCAGAUUGUUAGAGGACUAAUUGAAUAUACUUUUAGGUUGCCAGGUUGUGAUAAAUCCUUCUGAUUGGUGUUUAUCCUCCUCCAGCAUCUGGACCAAUGUAUUAUUCAUUUAUUAACAUCUACAAUGGCGGAAAGGUACAAACGGUUUAUUAGAAAGUUCAGCCCGUUCAGCACAUUCAUGACUUACUAACAUUUAUAACUGAAUUUAUACUUAUUAGAAAGAAGGAGGCCCAUGGCUUUUUAACAUGCAGAAUGUAUAAUUUAUUAGAAAGUUAGAUCUGUUAACCUUUAUUAAAGGAUCUUUUCACAACCUGGCAACCCAAAGGUUCUUAUUAAUAGCUUAUUACUGACAAGUAGACAGUAAAAGAUUUUAAUCACUAAUAAAUCCACAACUUCUAAACCCUUAUUAGAGAAUGGUACCAAUAUUGUUUGCAUUAUGUAGAAUGUAAAACUGUAGUUAAGCAUAGUUUAAAGUAAAUAAUAUACACUUACCUACAGUAAAAAUACACAGGACAGUCAUAUUGCUAAGGAACAAUAUUUGUUUUUGCCUGCUGUUUAUGUUUUUCUACAAUUUUACUUUUGGUGCUGACAACAUAUUGCACGACUUUCUGAGCCAGAAAUACAAUUUGAUUUCUGUUCUUAAAUCUGGAUUUGUGAAUAAAGAAUUGUGGCAAAAGAAAAAAUGGGUCAAGUGUUUUUAUUGGUUUUUAUUACUCAUGCCGACAGCGCAUUCCUCCGCAACCUCUUGUACCACAUCUCAGAGCCAGAUGAGAGUUCACAGUCUGCCGUCUGACUCCAUCUGCACGCUGUACACGUCCAAUUGGUGGGAAGGCACCGGGGAAACACUGGUAGCUAAUCCUGAUUGGCCAUCUCCGCUGUCACUUAAGGCUAACGGCGGCAGUGAUUGGCUGACAUCCGAGGAUCUAAGCAGUAGAUUGGUCGGUACGUCUUCGCGUGGCUGCAUAGAUGACAGGCAAGUGGUGCUGAUGCUGUGACAAUGGGAGUCAUCCAGAUAAGCAUCAUCUGGACCGAGUACGCUUAAAACACAGCGGCAGCACACACGCGUAACUAACUGUACUGUGAAGGACGUGGAAGCAGCUGUGUAGAAACACAUAGAGGAACCUCCAGCUGCUGCUCGGAAAAGGGUCUAGUGAUGGGAGCGUUCAGCCGACAGAAGUUUUUCCAGGAGCUUGCUCACGGCUGCCUGCUGCCCACAGCUCAGCAGGGUCUGGAGCAGGUAUGGCAGCUGCUGGUUAUCUGCCUGCUGUGUCGGCUUCUCUGGAUGUUGGGCCUCCCAUCUUUUGUGAAACACCUCGGCACAGUGGCUGGAGGUUUCUACACCCUCUACCUGUUUUUUGAGCUUCAUAUGAUCUGGGUGGUGCUUCUAAGCCUACUCUGCUACCUCUUCCUCUUCCUGUGCCGCCACUCUACCAUCCGAGGCACUUUCCUCUCCAUCACUGUGCUCAUCUACCUGCUACUGGGAGAGCUGCACAUGAUGGACACCACCAACUGGCACAAGAUGAGAGGUUCACAGAUGGUGGUCGCUAUGAAAGCCAUCUCUCUGGCCUUCGAUUUGGACAGAGGUGUUGUGACCAGCGUACCCUCACCCAUUGAGUUCAUGGGCUAUAUUUACUUUGUGGGCACAGUCAUCUUUGGUCCUUGGAUCAGCUUCAACAGCUACAAAGAAGCUUUAGAAGGGCGUAAGCUGAGCUUUUCGUGGCUUUUAAAAGUGUCUGUUAGCUGGGUGAAGAGCCAGAUCUGCCUUGUUAUUUCCAACUGUGUGGCACCCUACCUCUUCCCUUAUUUUAUACCUGUUUAUGGAGACAAGCUGCUACGAAGCAAAAAGAGGAGGAAGAUCAGAGGUACAACAGCAAAGUGGUUGCUUGCGUAUGAGAACACAAUGUCUUUCCACUUCAGUAAUUAUUUUGUUGGUUACUUGAGCGAGACUACUACUACUCUGGCUGGAGCAGGCUUCACCGAGGAGAAAGAAAACCUCAAAUGGGAUAUGACCGUAUCCAAGCCGCUGAAUAUAGAGUUUCCUCGGUCGAUGGUGGAGGUGGUGACGUCAUGGAAUUUGCCGAUGUCUCGCUUUCUGCACACCUAUGUUUUUAAAAGUGCUCUCAAAUUUGGGACGUUCUCCGCCGUCAUGGUCACAUACACAGCCAGCGCCCUUCUGCAUGGUCUGAGUUUUCAUCUGGGUGCUGUACUGAUAUCUCUCGGGUUUAUCACGUACAUUGAGCACGUGUUGCGGAAGAGGCUUGCAGCCAUUUUUAAUGCCUGUAUACUGUCAAAGAAAUGUCAGCGUAACUGCACUCACCAGCACAAAAAGGAGCUUUGGGUGUAUAUGAUUAAUAUAGCAUUCAGCGCUUUGGCAAUACUCCACCUGACGUACCUGGGCUCUGUGUUCAACUCCAGUGUGGACUACAUGGAGGAGGAUGAGGACGAUAUAACCCAUCAUACCAUUCAAAAGUGGUCAGAGCUGAGCUGGACGAGCCACUGGGUCACGUUUGGAUGCUGGAUAUUGUACCGCCUCAUCCUCUAAUAAUAAGAGACAAGAGGAAAAGUGAAAGAAGCAAUAAUGAGAGAUGAAAGGCUGGUUCUCCACUUCUGCACUGUGACUUUUAACACGCAUCAGACCGAAGAGAACAGAAUCAACCUUGUGUACAAUAAACCAACACGCAGCGUUCAGGUUACGCUGCAUGUUGGCUGGGUAAUCUAUUAUUCUAACCUGCUGGGGACUAGUUUUGAUAUCCAUGAAAUGAUAGCCCGCUCCUCCCUCUUUCUUCCCCCCGUAUCGCAUCCUUUUUAUCUGAGCUGCAGUUGACAAGCCCUCAUGUUGUGACAGCAGUUACCGAUGUCUCACUGUGAGUCACAAUCGAUACCUAUCAGCAUGGUGGAGAUUGGCUGCUCCUUUCUGUGGACCCACGAUAGAGCCCAUUAUCUAGGUUUCAGAGUCAGCCGCGCCAGAUGUCCUCCAGAUGUGGUUUUCCCUUCACCUCAAGUGUUUUUACAAUCGUAUUUUUAGGUUUAAAGGAUAAGGCUGGUGAUAUUCUCUAGUUUUCCAACAAUUCACAUGAAAAUACCAAAACCAGCCUGCCUGUGGCUUUGAGCCCUGAGCCAAUUCAACAUAAAUCUUAAAAAAAACAGAUCAUGAGUAUAUACUUUAAUUUUUAAAAAAGGCUAAAUCAUUACGUUAAACACCUGGGCACUGUAGUUUUUAGCAAAUAUUACUUGAAUGGGAGUAAAUAGUGUAUUUGUUGGGAUCUAUUCUCAGCUGCUGAUUUACGUUGGAUUGACACAAAACAAACUAGGGAAGGGAACAUGUCUCCCAGCGCAACUGUGUGUGGCUCGUUCAUGAGGAUUUAAUCGUUUUCGGACAACAAUGGAGGUCUGUCACAUGGAGACAAUACUAGUAGGCUGAACUGAUUUUGGUUUUGGUCUAUUCAUGAGAUUUGUUGGUAAUAAGAAAAAUACUUAUCCUUUAACAGAGCUUGUUUGUUUGAGCAUGUGUAAGACAACAAAGAGUUUACAUUUGAAGGAAAAAAAGCACAGGUUGUAAGGCAGAAAUGUCAUUGUUGUCAUUUAUUUCCCCUUUUGUGAAUUUUAGAUAAAGAAAUUUAAUCAAUAAGGCUAUGAAUGGAUUUUUGUGGUAUCCUUUCCUAAUAGUGGUUGUAUUUUGUUUUGUGUUAUUUUGAUAAUUCUUUUAUAAUUUGAGUUCUUUGUCUUUGCUUAGAGAAGGUCUUGUUAAUAUUUGUGAACAUUUAAAACACCCAUUCACUCUUCGGUAUUGAUAAUAAAAGUUUAGAAUCAGGGUAUUACACAUGUUAGUGUAGGACUAAAAAUGUUUCUCUUCCAAUUCAUGUUACACAUUCAAGAUGAAAUUAUAGAGUACAUCCUAUUAAAUAUUUAUCCUUAACCACAGAUUUUUAUUACACUGCUGCUUUUAACGAUGCAUUUACGUAAUUGAUAAUUACCUGAUAAAAAUAACAGGAGUGUCUGUGUCAGAUUGUGUUCACAUACUAUCUAUAUCUUUCUUAAAUCUAGAACAUCAAAGGAUUUGCUUCUUGAGAGUGCAACAGAUGUAGUGUUUUAGAUUAGAGCCUGAAUGUUUGCCUGAGAGCUAAUACCACUCAAUCCAACAAGUACUUUAAAUACUAUUCUAAUAUUUACUUUGAAACAACUUUUUUUUCCCCCUGUAAAUGUGAAGGCACUGAUACACCUGUGAUAUUUUUAUAAAAUUUUACAUGAAACCUGGUUUGCUGUCUUUGUUUAAUUGAAAGU